AUUUGCAAACCUACAAGAUGGUUAAGAAGUUAUUAGUCGCGUUAAGUUUAUUAACAAACGUUGCUUCUCUGCUUGGAGCUCCCGAAAUUAUACUACCAAACGGUCCAAUUAGAGGCAAAGAAGCAACCACAAUUAAAAACACACAUUACUAUGCUUUCGAAAAAAUUCCGUAUGCAACUCCUCCAGUUGGACAGUUACGUUUCAAGGCACCCAUACCACCAGCAAACUGGGAUGAACCCUUAGAUACCACUAAUAUGGACGUAGAGUGCUACCAACAACAGUUUAACAAAGAGUCUGAGUCGGAAGACUGUCUUUAUCUCAAUGUUUUCACCCCUCAGCUUCCUGAUGAUAAAAAGGAUCCCAUACCUGUCAUGGUGUACAUACAUGGUGGUGGUUUUGUCGGUGGUUCUGGUAGACACACCUAUGGUGAUCGUAUAGUUGACCAAAAUCUUGUAUUUGUUGCUAUUAAUUACAGAUUAGGGCCUUUUGGUUUUCUGUCAACACAAGACGAAGUAAUCCCGGGUAACAAUGGUCUAAAAGAUCAACACUUGGCCUUGAAAUGGGUACACGAUAAUAUCAACUUGUUCGGUGGUGAUCCUGAUAAGAUAACUAUUUUUGGCCAAAGUGCCGGUGCGGCCUCUUGUGCUUAUCAGUUAUUAAAUCAACAAAAUGAAGGUUUGUUCCGAGCCGCUAUUUUACAAAGUGGGACGUUUUUGAGUCCUUGGUCUUUCCAAAGAAGGGCCAGGGAGAUUGCUUUUGACACGGCGGCUUUUAUAAACGACACGUUUAAAACCAAUCGUGACUCACAAACUUUGUUUGAAUUUUUGCAAAGUGUGGACGCAAAAGCACUGGAUCGAGCGUCCGAGCAAUAUCAUGAUACAGAGGAAAAUCCAAAUGAUACGGAAAUCUUGCAUGGGUUUUUUUGGACCCCAGUUGUGGAAGUCAAAAAUCCGGAUGCUUUUCUCACGAAAAAAAUGUAUGGUUUGCUUCAAGCCGGAAAUGUUAUUCGAGUUCCUACCUUGCUUGGUAUUACUUCGGAAGAAAAUCUUGCUUUUAAUACGGACGCAGCUACUUUGAAAAAUGUGAUGGGCAUCUAUGACGAAAAUUUGGGUUGGUUAGUGCCACAUGAUAUGGCAGUGACCGAUGAGACAAAUCGUACCAACAUUGGGUCAAAAAUACGGGAGAUUUACACAGGUGGUGAACCUUUAGCCGAGCAUCUUGGGGACGGUGUUCGGUAUUCUAGUGACACUUCAUUUACACGCUCUGUUAUCAAACACGCUGAAAUUUAUUCGGCAUUUGCCGAUACGUUCUUUUAUCAGUUUUCCUAUGACGGAGAGAUUCCUGGAUUCGAUGUCCAUUAUGAUGGUGCUGAGAGUGUUGCUCAUAGUGAAGAUUAUGCUUACAUUUUUUGUGGGGGAACAGAUUGCGAUGUCACUAAAUAUCCACAAUCUGAUCAAACCACAGUUGAUAGAAUAAUUUCGAUUUGGACCAACUUUGCUAAAUACCAAAACCCAACUCCAGAACCAUCUGAACUGCUGCAAAAUAUUACGUGGCCUCUAGUUUCCACCGAGAAUGGUGACUUUUUAUACGUUGACAUAAACGAAAAUCUUGAAAUAAGAAAUCAUCCAAAGGAAGCUACGUACCAAAAGUGGGUCGAACUGUACGAUAGUUUAGGGUAUUCAGAUUUCGACACAUAUUAGAAAAAAACAGCACUUGCAAAUGGUGGGAAAAAUUAAUUGAAAUGUAAUUAAAAACAAGAAAUAAAAUAUUAUACUUCAAA